AUGGAGGAGCAGAAUGCUACAAGGAUAAGUAACUUGGAGAAGGAAGUUGUGAAACUGAUACAGGAGGAGAAGGAACUUGAGGACCAGCUUCACCUAAUCGAUCACCUACAGCAGCUUGGUGUGGCAUAUCACUUUAAAGAUGAUAUUAAGGAUGCUUUAGGGAGCAUUCAUGGAUCCCUGGAAGACACAAGCAUGCUGCUGAAGGACAAUCUCCAUGCAACAGCACUUCUCUUCAGGCUUCUCAGAGAAAAUGGUUUCGAUGUUUCUGAAGCCUUAACUUGGGUUUGUUCGUUCAUGGUGCCGCAAUCUAACGUCUCGAUGAACUUUGUGACUAAAGAUAUGUUCAGCAGAUUCAAAGAUGAGAAGGGCCACCUCAAAACUUGCCUCCAGCAUCAGACUAAAGGAAUGCUGAGCUUAUAUGAAGCUUCCUACCAUGGAAAGGAGGGGGAGUUUGUACUGAUCGAAGCCAUGGACUUCACGACAAAGCACCUCAAGAAGCUCAUGGAAGAGGGAUCACUUGAGCCUCGUUUCAGGGAACAUGUGGCCCACGCGUUGGAGCUUCCACUGAAUUGGAGGAUGGAAAGGAUACACACAAGGUGGUUCGUAGAAACAUACCAAAGGGAAGCCACCAUGAACCCUCUUCUACUUGAAUUGGCUAGGCUGGACUUCAAUCUGAUCCAGAGCAUGCAUAAGAGAGAACUCAAAGAAGUGUCGAGAUGGUGGACCGAUCUCGGUCUUGCACAGAGGUUGCCAUUCUUCAGAGACAGGUUGAUGGAGAACUACUUCUGGACAGUUGGUUGGGCCUUUGAACCACAAUUUUGGAGCUUUAGGGAGAUGCAAACGAAGCUACUUAGCUUAAUAACUGUAAUCGACGAUGUUUACGAUGUCUAUGGUACCUUGGACGAACUCGAGCUUUUCACUAAUGUUGUUGAUAGGUGA